AUGGCAACUGAACCAACUUCAACAUUCUCUUUGGCUUCUGUGGUUGAAGAGGUUCUUCAACAACAUGGUGGUCGGUCAGACGUUAACUCUGCAUCAAGAAAUGCUGAAGAAACUUCCUUGAGAAGGUAUGAAGCAGCUGGUUGGCUACGGAAGACAGUUGGAGUUGUUAAAGGGAAAGACUUGCCGGCUGAGCCCUCUGAAGAAGACUUCAGGAUUGGAUUGCGUAGUGGGAUUAUCCUAUGCAGUGUUCUUAACAAAAUUCAACCUGGAUCAGUGCCCAAUGUAGUUGAAGGACCUCGUGAUUCUGUUAUUAUUCCUGAUGGGGCAGCAGCAUUAUCUGCAUUUCAAUACUUUGAAAAUGUUAGGAAAUUUCUUGCUGUUAUGGAGGAAAUGGGGCUUCCUACCUUUCAAGUUUCUGAUUUGGAACAGGGAGGAAAUUCUUCGAGGAUAGUGGAUUGUGUUCUAGAGCUCAAGUCUUAUGCCGAACGAAAACUUGGAGGAGCAAGUGGGUCUGGGAAAUAUAGCGGGGUUUCCCAUGCAAGGCCACCUAUCUCUGGGAAACCACUUCAGAGGAAAAACUCAGAACCAUUCAUGAAUUCUUUGUGGACUAUGCCAUCAGGGGACAGAGAUGGUUAUAUGAGUGAUCCCGGACAAGAUCGAAGCGAAAAGGGUUCUUUUUCCUUAAAUUCACUAGUUCGUCAAUAUUUGUCUGAUAAAAAGCCAGAAGAAAUUCCCAUUAUAGUGGAAUCCUUGCUUAGCAAAGUCAUGGAGGAAUUUGAACAUCACAUGCAAAUCCGACAUGAAAUGCGUAAAACAACUCAAGUUAAAGCACCAUCUGAAACAGAUUGUUCAGUUUCAGAACCUGCUUCUAUUAGUGAAAGGGAGAAAGAAAAGGAAGAUGAACAUAAUGUACCAGAUGAUAAUGAUGCACAAGAUGAACAUGAGGUACAAGAAGAGCAGGACAUUCAAGAUGAACACAACGAACAAAAUAAACAAGAGGAAAGUAAUGAAGGGACGUACAAUGAGCAUGAAAAAACAAGUCACCAAAUUUCGAUUUCGAAGCAGCAAAAAAUAGUUGAACAACAGAAUAGAAGCAUCCAGGAAUUGAAAAACUCUGUCCGUGAAACAAAAUUAGGAAUGCAAAAUAUGCAAAAUGAACACCAGAAGGAGAUCAUUAAUCUAAGCAAGCACAUACAGAGCCUAGCCUCUGCUGCUUCGGGGUAUCAUAAAGUUCUUGAAGAAAACCGCAAGUUAUACAAUGUAGUGCAAGAUUUGAAAGGAAAUAUUAGGGUAUACUGUAGAGUCCGACCUUUCUUGGGUGGUCAACCAAGCCAUUAUAGCUCUGUCGGUAGCGUGGAAGACGGAAGUAUCUCAAUCAUAACACCUUCCAAAAACGGUAAAGAGGGGAAGAAGACAUUUACUUUCAAUAGAGCAUUUGCUCCUACUGCAACCCAAGGUGAAGUUUUCCAGGACACACAACCUCUUAUUCGUUCUGUUUUGGACGGUUAUAAUGUCUGCAUAUUUGCUUAUGGGCAGACGGGAUCAGGAAAAACGUUCACUAUGUCUGGACCGGAUGAUCUUAACGAGGAAACCAUAGGUGUCAACUAUCGUGCACUAGGAGACCUUUUCUAUCUCUCAGAGCAAAGGAAAGAUACAAUUUCUUAUGAAAUCUCUGUUCAGAUGCUUGAGAUUUACAACGAGCAAGUUAGGGACCUACUUACGACAGAUGAAAUCCGCAAUAGUUCCCUUAAUGGCAUCAACGUUCCAGAUGCCAACCUUGUUCCGGUUUCAUGCACUUCUGAUGUCAUAAAUUUGAUGAACUUGGGACAUAAGAAUCGUGCUGUUGGUUCUACUGCCAUGAAUGAUCGCAGUAGUCGCUCUCACAGCUGUCUUACAGUUCAUGUUCAAGGAAAGAACUUGACAUCAGGAAGUACUAUUCGUGGUAGUAUGCAUCUGGUUGAUCUGGCAGGAAGCGAGAGGGCUGAUAAAACUGAGGCUACAGGGGAUAGACUUAAGGAGGCUCAACAUAUCAACAAGUCACUUUCUGCAUUGGGAGAUGUAAUUUCUUCCCUUGCCCAAAAGAGUCCACAUGUUCCCUACAGGAAUAGCAAACUUACUCAGCUACUUCAAGAUUCUCUUGGAGGGCAAGCAAAGACUCUCAUGUUUGUUCAUAUAAGUCCAGAGCCUGAAGCUCUUGGAGAAACACUUAGCACACUCAAGUUCGCUGAACGAGUCUCCAGUGUUGAACUCGGUGCGGCGCGAGUUAAUAAAGAGAGUUCAGAUGUUAAAGAGCUUAAAGAACAGAUUGCUAGUUUGAAGGCAGCCUUAGCGAGAAAGGAAGGAGGAGAAGCAGAAAACUUUCAUCAAUCUGUGAAUAGUAGUGGCAAUGAAACACCCAAGUUGAAAUCAUAUUCAUCUUCUCCUCCUAUUCAACAACGUUCUUCGAUUGGCGGUUCUCGUAAGCUAACAAAAGAUGAUUCUGGUAGCCCGGAUAGUCAGAAAAAUGUUGCAUUACAGUUGAAAAGACGAAGCCUAGAUCUCCACGACAUGAGUAGCAGCAAUUCACAGCCAUGGCGACCUGCUACAAGUCCAGGAAAGGAGGAUGACAAAGAAUCAAUUUCUGGAGAUUGGGUUGAUAAGAUUUCCAUGAAAAGAAAUGACAGCUUGACUAGUGAUGACAGUCUCGUGGGACAGUGGGAAGUAGAAAGCAAACAAUCUUCUCCAAGGUUAAGUCCCACUUUUCUCUCGGAGACUUCUAAAAUAUGCCUAGACAACUCCUUGACUAAGAAGGAUAGCCUAGACAACUCCUUGAAUAAAAAGGAUAGCCAAGACAAUGAAGAUUUACAGAGGCACGGGUUUGACACGACUACCACAGAUGAAUCAGAUGAACACGAAAUUGCAACUGUAACUAGUGAUUCUUCUGAAGUAGACUUGCAUUGGCCAGUACCAAUACCUAAACCAAUCACCGUUUCAAGUGGAUUAGGCAUUAAAGCGAAGAAAAAAACUAAUCUCAGAUCAAUAAAGAACACAGAUAGCAGGUAA